GCUCCAUGGCGCCGCGCGGGGCACGGCGGGAAGGGGCGGCCUGAGGGGGAGCCGUGGUGGCGGCUGCUCGGUGCUUUGAGGGGAGGCGAGCCCGAGGCUGGUUGGGGACGGGGAGGAGGGAGCGGUGGGUCGUCGUGUCCCCCCGCAGCUCAUUUCUGAGACGCUAUUUUGAGUGUUAUAUUGAAGCCAGUUCAGCAAAACUGCAUGAUAUGUAAAUAGAGGUUGAUCAUGAAGACCUUUUGUGGAAGAGCUAACCCGACCACUGGUGCCAUGGAGUGGUUAGAAGAGGAUGAGAACUAUGACUACCAUCAGGAAAUUGCAAGAUCACGCUAUGCAGACAUGCUUCAUGAUAAAGACAGAAACAUGAAAUAUUACCAAGGUAUUCGUGCUGCAGUGAGCCGAGUAAAAGAAAGAGGUGAAAAAGCAAUUGUUCUCGACAUAGGGACUGGCACAGGACUCCUGUCUAUGAUGGCAGCUUCAGCAGGUGCAGAUUUCUGCUAUGCAAUUGAGGUUUUCAAGCCCAUGGCUAAUGCAGCUGUGAAGAUAGUGGAGAAAAAUGGUUUUCGUGACAAGAUCAAGGUAAUCAACAAGCACUCCACUGAAGUCACAGUUGGACCAGAUGGAGAUAUGCAGUGUCGUGCGAAUAUCCUGGUAACAGAAUUAUUUGACACAGAGCUGAUAGGAGAAGGUGCCUUACCAACAUAUGAGCAUGCGCACAAAUACCUUGUACAGGAAGGAUGUGAGGCAGUGCCUCACAGGGCAACAGUGUAUGUCCAGUUAGUGGAAUCCAAAAGAAUGUGGUCCUGGAACAAACUGUUUCCUGUUCGUGUUGAAGCAGAGGACGGUGAAAAAAUUGUUGUUUCCCCUUCAGAAAUGGAGAACUGUCCAGGUGUUCCUUCUGUUUGUGAUAUCCAACUGAACCAGAUGCCUUCAAGUGACUUCACUAUCCUUAGUGAUGUGGUGACAAUGUUCAGUGUGGAUUUCAGUAAGCCCGUAAGGAGUGCUUCUACCUACUACAGAGUGCAGCUGGAGCCUGUAAAAUCUGGCAAGGCACAAAUCGUCCUUUCUUGGUGGGAUAUUGACAUGGACCCCUCCGGGACGAUAAAUUGCACAAUGGCUCCAUACUGGGUAAAAUCCACUUCUGCUUUCCAGUGGAGAGAUCAUUGGAUGCAGUGUGUGUAUUUUCUGCCAAACGAGGAGCCAAUUCUCCAGGGUGAGAAGGUGUACCUGACUGCCUGUCGUGAUGAGUACUCUGUGUGGUAUAAGCUGCAGAAAGCCAGAGGAGAAGACAAUAAAGCAGAUGUUUGUGUUGAGAGUCCAAUUUGUAGAUGUCAGGCUCACCUUCUUUGGAAUAGACCACGAUUUGGAGAAUUAAAUGAUCAGAACAGAACACGCCAGUACAUCAAGUCUUUGAUGAAUGUUCUGAGAACAGAUAGUGUUUGCCUUUGCAUCAGUGAUGGCAGUCUGCUGCCUGUGCUGGCUCACUAUCUUGGAGCAAAGCAGGUAUUUACAGUAGAAAACUCUGCUGUGUCCCGUUCUGUCAUGGAGAAAUUUUUUAAGGCAAAUCAUCUUGAAGAUAAAAUUAAAAUACUAGAAGCACGUCCUGAGUCACUGACGUCAUCUCAUUUGGAAGAUAAAAAGAUUUCCGUUCUUGUUGGAGAGCCGUUUUUCACUACAAGUUUGUUGCCGUGGCAUAACCUGUAUUUCUGGUAUGCUAGAACAGCUGUGUCCAAGCAUCUUGCCAGCAAUGUCACCAUCCUCCCUCAGUCUGCCUCUUUGCACAUGAUGAUUGUGGAGUUUCAGGACUUAUGGAGAAUCCGGAGUCCUUGUGGCAUCUGUGAAGGUUUUGAUGUCCGGACUAUGGAUGAUAUGAUUAAAAGUUCUAUCGAUUUUAGAGAAUCUAAGGAAGCAGAACCUCACCCUCUGUGGGAAUAUCCUUGCAAAUCACUCUCUGACCCCCUGGAAGUUUUGGUGUUCGACUUCAGAGAGACUGUACCACAACACUGUCUCAGCACAGAGGGUUCUGUAAAUCUUUUACGGAAGGGAAAAAGCCAUGGAGCAGUUUUGUGGAUGGAAUAUCAUCUUACUGCUGACAUCUCAGUUAGUACAGGACUGACGCAGAUUUCAAAUGAAAAGGGAAACUGUGAAUGGAAUCCCCACUGCAAGCAAGCUGUCUAUUUCUUCAGUUCUGUUAUUGAAUCAGAAAUUCUGGCAGACCUUCCUAGUGCUGUCACGUAUGCUAUAAAUUUUGACACAAAGACAGGAGAUAUUGCAAUGGAUUUUAAACUAUUAUAAAGUACUUUCCUUUUAUUUCUAAAUUAUAAUAAACUGAUACAGUAUUCUUUGUAUGGCAGAGGGUUUUUGUUUGGUUGGUUGGUUGGUUUUGUGCUCAGAAAGCAAACAAACCAUUCUGAAAAAUAUUUUUAAAACUUUCUUGUUUUCAAAAUGUAUAGCUGGGGAGGCAGAGAGAAAUGUUUUAAGGACCUGUAUUCCCAACAGGAUUUAUAUUAUAUCUGUACACCUAGUUAUUGCCAUCAGUUUCAUUGUGAAACUACGUGGUAUUUCGGGGUUUUAAAUGUUAAGGGGAUAAAAAACAAUGGAUGUACUGGCUAUUACAUGGUGUAUCAGUGGAUGAAGACACUAAUCUUUACACUGACAUUAGAUAGAAAUAAGUUAAACACACCUGUUUUUAGGCUUGCUUUUGCCACUGUAAAAUGGAAACUAAUCGUGAGAAUGCACAAAAAGAAACCCCAAGUCAAGCUACACAGGUGUAGCAGUACGUGUUAGUACACAUAUUAAGGAAAAGCAAUGUACAUUGUGGUUAGUAUUAGAUUGAAAUGUUUGGUAAAUUAAAGUAUGUUGGACUGACAUUCUGCUAGAGUCUGAUAUGCUGCAUUUCUGAAGAGACAGUGGCCCAAGUUUGGAAGGAUAUACCUGGAGAUUAGAAUAUGUACGUAAUCAGGUUAUUUCAAAAUGACAAACUGAUAAUCGUCUGACCAGAAACAAAAGAAAAAGAGCCAGAGUCUCAAAACUUGCAUAUUGUAGGAUAUAUGUAAUUCGUGUACAUGAUCAAAAUUUUGGCUUAUACUCAUUCUCUCAGUGGUCUGAAUGAUAUCUGCAAGUUCAGGUAAGUUGUGUGUUGUUCUGCAAUAGAUGUUUUCCACAGCUGAGGUUUUCUUAGUUCCAUUCUAAAUCAUAUUGGCAGAGGUUGCAGUGUGUGACCACGUGUGUGCAAUUAAUUUUGAUUUAGAUGGACAAUCAAUUGCUGUAUCUGUUUUGUACGUGUGAUCUAUUAAGUGAAAUAGAAAAUCAAUGUACUCUCUGUCCUAAAUUAUGUCAGCCAGCUGCAGGGAUAACUGCUUGCCAGAGCUACUCCUGUUUCCUCUGCACAGCAACUUCUGUCAAGUGAUAGGAAUGGUGGAAAGAAGCCAUGAGGGAGCAGGAGCCUACUCUACUUUGCCUUGUCACCAAGAAAUGUAAUUCUGCAGGAUUCUUAUCUAGGAUUUGAGAACCCUAAGGAUGCCUCUUCCGUGGACAAGGGCACUAAUGAAAGAAUGAGAGCUGAUUAUCUUCAUGUAUGUGAAGGGAAAGCCCUACACUGGAGGGUAUUCUUCGCAGUUGUGUGGGUCCUGGGGUAUGUUAGCUCUGACAUGCACCCUGGAGACUGGACAAGCAGCCUUUUCUCCUUCCUAAGGGUUUUGCUCAAGUGCAACUGCCUAAUGUACUGCAGCAGCAGUGUGUUUUUUGUGGAUGUUGUCUCUUGUUCCUCUCAUUUUCUGCAACCUCUGCUUUUUCAUGCCUUGUACAUCACUCUCCAAGGUGGAGAGUGGCAGUUGUGCAGUGGAAGAAAUAAUGGGCACUGCAAUUCAUUGGGCUCCUGCUUCUCAAGGCUGAUGGAUCCUACUAUAUAUGUACUCCAAUAAAGCAACUACUUGCUUCAUGUUAAAGA